AUGCACAAACCCAGAUAGUAUUUGUAGGCCAAAACUGAGACAAACAGUCUUUCUUUCCCUAAUUUCAAAGGGUUAAACUCCAAAUGCAAUUCUCUCUCCUCUCCAAAACACCAAUCUCCAUGGCCUCUUCCCACUCUUCAACACUUGCUACUAUUCCCACCUACAACUACAAGGAUAAUACCUGGUUUUUCACUCACUACUUUGCAAAAUCACAUACUACUACUACUACUACUAUAUUACCAUUACUAACUUUCAACAACUCUUUCUUUUUCCCUCAUUUUCUUCUUCAUCUUUCUUCAUUAGUGGUAAAAAUUAAAGAUGCCCUUUUUAAGUUAUGCACUAUUUUUCACUUUCUUUCUCACUUUUAAACAAUUGGGUGGAUUACCCAUCUCUCAAUUUCUCCAAAAAUCACACUUUUAUCUUAAAGAUGAAAUCUUUAAUCAUCAUCAAUAUUGCAAUGAAAGUUGUGGUACAUUAAAAGUAUCUUUCCCAUUUUACAUAAAUAAUUCUUCAUGUGGGUGGUUUAAUCCUCAUUUAUCUGAUUCAUUUAAACUCACUUGCCUUAAUUCAACUUCUCUUUUCUUAAACAUUGAUUCCCAAAACUAUAGAGUAAUUGAAUUCUUUUCUGAUGGAGUUUUGGUGGAUUUUCCUGGGAUUUCCAACACUUGUAGAUCUUAUAAUGACUUAAAUUCAUUUGGGUUUGGUGGAAAUGAUUGUUUUGGGAUUUCAAAUGAUAAUGUGAUUGGAUUAUAUGAUUGUGAGGAUUCUUCUUUGUGUAAGGCUAAUUGUGAAGCUAAUGAUUUGCCUGGAUGUGAUAAAAAUGGGAAUGAAAAUGGGCCUGUUUGUUGUUACCCUUUAUCUGAUCAUAGUGUAUGGCAUAUUGGAGAUAAAUUUAAUGUGUUUUCUAAGUUUGAAUGCAGGGGAUUUUCUUCUUGGGUUGUACCAAGAGGGAUGAAUUCUGGGAAAAGAGGGGUUAAAUUAGAAUGGGGUUUACCUAUGAAUUCAUCUCAAGAAGUUUGUGUUGUUAAUGCAUAUAAAGUUAAUGCUACUACUGUGAAGCAUGGAAUAAGAUGCAUUUGUGAUGGUGGUUUUGUUGGUGAUGGAUAUGUCAAUGGAACUGGGUGCUUGAAAUCAUGUUUCAAAGAUGGAAAGGAAGAAUUUGGCAAAGACUGUGAACCAAGGAGGCACAGUAAAAAGAAGAUGAUAAUAUUAGCUGGAGUUCUGACAUCAGCUUUAGCCACUGCCUCAUUGCUUGCCCUUCUUUGUCUGAUAAAAAGGUCAGUGAAAUCUACCGCGUAUGGCUCUUCCCACAAGCCGCAAUUUCGCAGCACAUUAUCAUUCCGAAAAUCUUGUAACACGAGGCUUUUCACCUUAAAUGAACUAGACGAAGCCACCGAUGGAUUCAGCGAGGGCCAGAAAGUGAUGGACAGUACUUGUGGUGGCAGUGUCUUCACAGGAACUCUUAAGGAUGGUUCUCAGAUUGCAGUACAGAGGGUCAAAUGUGAGAACGAGAAGGAUCUGAUGCAAGUUUUAGCCCGGGUUGAACUUUUAUCUACAAUUAUGCACCGUAAUUUGGCUCAUAUCUUUGGAUGUUGUAUCGAUUCAGGUUACACUCCUAUGAUAGUUUAUGAAUUUCCUGAGAAUGGAACCCUUGAAGAUCAUCUACACAAAGGAAAAGGAGAAAAAAUCAGCCUUGAUUGGUACAAAAGAUUAAGCAUUGCUGCUCAAACAGCUAGUUUACUUGCAUUUUUACAACAUGAAGUUUCUCCUCCUAUUUCCCAUCAUAAUCUCAAGACUAGUACCAUAUUCUUAGACCAAGAAUAUAAUGUCAAAGUUUCUUGUUUUGGGUUGUUUAGUAGUGUAGAAUUGUAUAAUAGUGAUGUUUAUGAAUUGGGAGUGUUUCUUUUAGAGAUAGUCUCAGGCUCGAUGCACGAAGAUUUGCCUACAAUCGCGUUACAGAAGAUCCGGGAUGGUAAAUUAGAAGAGAUAAUUGAUCCACUACUUUACUACCAUGAACAACCUCCUUUCAGAAGGGAGCAGAUUGAUAGAGUUACUGAUAUUGCUACAAGAUGCAUUCUAUUUGGUGGAAAUGGCAAGCUUAGGAUGUUGGAUGUUGCAAGAGAACUUGUGCAUAUCACUAAAGACAGCAUUGAUGGUGGUAGUAGAAGAGGGCCAGCAUUGGAGGAAACCUUCUCAAAUUCUAGUCUUCUUCAGAUGAUUUCUGUGUCUCCUGAUUCAAUUUAUGUCCCAUAAAUCUUAACCUUUUAUUAAACUACCUAUUAUAACUAAAAAAUGGUGUAUGAUCUCUUGUGUGCUUAUGUCUGUUUCUAUAUCUUGGUAAACUUGUAUUAUGUAUAUGCUUUUAAAUAGGGAAAUGAUGUGUUCAUUCUAUA